AUGGUACAGGGCUUGCCAUCUGCGCGUGGGACCAGCGAAGGGAGCCUGGGAGUUUUUGCAGGAUCCAGCCAGGGGGAGGGGGGAAAGACACAACUGGCUUGCAUCAGGGUACUACUACUACGCAGGCUGAGCGGUCACCCAUGCGGUCGCGCCCCCUCGCGCAUCCCCAUCCCACGCCUGGCUUCCGCCAAUGAGCCACGGGAAACCCACAGACUCCCGCACAACCCUGAGAGGCGGGGAGGCUCGAGCAAAUCAUGGACAUGGCACCCCAGCCCCUACAUGCCUCCUCCCUGCUCGUGGUCUUCCGUUUUCGCGCGCGCACGCUACUCAUUCGAGAAUUACGCCGCAUCUCAGUCGUCGGCGUGGACCGAAGCCGGCCACGGGCCAGGCAACGGGCCAGGCCGUGGGAGGUUGGGGCAACGAGUGCCGGCCAUGGUAGAGGGGACAAUCACUCAUUUGUACGAAAAGGGCCUCCACAUUGGAGCGCCAUCAGCCGACGGGGCACGUGGUCAUUGCUCAAUGGACUCUGAAUACAGCGGCCACAUGGCCGCAGCCGUAGCCGCAGCCGUAGCCGCAGCCGUAGCCGUAGCCGCAGAACCAGUCGCUGGUGCAGCCGCAGCCAACGUGGACCACGAUGGACCAGACCGUACGCAGUGCGGCGCACGUGUCGAUGCUCUGUCCCGAAGCAGCACGUCAUGCCAUCGCAGCAGCUGCAUCUGCAAAGGUGCCGACGAGGGGACCGUCAGACUCGGAUUUGAUGGAUGGAGCGCGGCGCUGCACGUCGACUGUGUCUUCCUGGGGGAAGCCAAUCCACUUGAACGCCAGCCGGGCUCUGGCCCUGACCCUCGCCCUCGUCCUUGGGAGGCUAGUUUGGAGAGCAGGUGCUGA